GGCCGUCCCGCACUGCUCUUGUCGUUUUACGUUUUACCAAAUCAUCAAAGGGACCCUUCGAAACUGACAGCAGAGUUCGCUCAACUACUAACCAAGGCGCACACCUCUCUUCUUUCUUGAUCUGCCGUUUUUGCUUUUGUUUUUGUUGUUGUAGGUGUUGCGAUUCCAGCAAUGGCCGCUGCUGCGAGUUUGGUGAAGCUGAGUGCUUCGUCUUCGCAGUUCAUCGGGCAACAGUCCUUAACCUCGCGCCGCGGAUCCUCCGCCCCCAUCCUUUCCCGCCGGAUCGCCCUCCCGAUCCGCGCCGCUUCGUAUUCCUACGAACUCGUCGAAACCGCUAAAACUAUUGCUUCCCCUGGUCGUGGCAUCCUUGCCAUUGAUGAAUCAAAUGCAACUUGUGGGAAGAGGUUAGCAUCCAUUGGCUUGGACAACACAGAAUCCAAUCGACAGGCUUAUAGACAACUUUUGCUGACUACUCCUGGAUUGGGUGAAUACAUUUCUGGUGCCAUUCUUUUUGAGGAAACACUUUUCCAGUCUACAACAGAUGGGAAGAAGUUUGUGGACUGCUUGCGGGAGGAAAAUAUUGUACCUGGCAUUAAAGUUGAUAAGGGUUUGGUUCCCCUACCAGGAUCAAACAAUGAAUCUUGGUGCCAAGGUUUGGAUGGUUUGGCCUCAAGAUCUGCUGAAUACUAUAAGCAAGGUGCUCGUUUUGCAAAGUGGCGAACAGUUGUUAGCAUUCCCUGUGGUCCAUCUGCUUUGGCUGUUAAAGAAGCUGCAUGGGGACUUGCUCGUUAUGCUGCUAUUUCUCAGGACAACGGUCUGGUGCCCAUAGUGGAACCUGAGAUUCUUCUUGAUGGGGACCACCCAAUUGAAAGGACGCUUGAAGUGGCAGAGCGUGUGUGGUCAGAAGUCUUUUACUACUUGGCAGAGAACAAUGUUUUGUUUGAAGGGAUCCUACUUAAGCCCAGCAUGGUAACCCCAGGGGCUGAACACAAGGAGAAGGCUUCUCCAGAGACCAUUGCCAAAUUUACUCUCACAAUGCUUAAGCGGAGAGUACCUCCUGCAGUUCCUGGAAUCAUGUUUUUGUCAGGAGGACAAUCUGAAGUGGAAGCGACACUGAACCUGAAUGCAAUGAACCAAAGCCCCAACCCGUGGCAUGUUUCCUUCUCAUAUGCACGUGCAUUGCAGAACACUGUGCUUAAGACAUGGCAGGGACGCCCUGAGAAUGUUGAUGCUGCACAGAAGGCUCUUUUGGUGCGUGCAAAGGCGAACUCUUUGGCCCAGCUUGGGAGGUAUGCAGCAGAAGGGGAGAGUGAGGAAGCAAAGAAAGGAAUGUUUGUCAAGGGAUAUACCUAUUGAGCCAUGGUUUGUUACUGUUGCAGCUCUUGGCCCUGGUUAGUUUAGAUAUCUGCUCUGUAUCUUCGUGUUUCCUCUAGAUAGUGAUGGAUACAGAGGAGUCGUAAUUAGGUGAGUGUUGUACUUUUUAUUUUUCACCUAAGAGUGGUUGAAUAAAAGAAAAGGGAGAGCAUUUUGAACAGUGCCCGCGGAAAUGAUGGGGUUGGUGGGAGUGAGAAUAUAUGUACUAUUAUGUCUCUUGGGAAUCCAUGAAUCUUGGGAUUAAUAACAGCACAUCUUGAUUAAUGUUAAUCAAAGUGGUGCUGAAUAUAUUGUUCUGCACUUUUUAUUUUAA